AAAAACCUGGAGCAGAACCGGACUCGAGGUGGGCCGACAUCUGCCUCGACCGGUCGGGUUGUGACAGAGAGCGAGGGAGGAAAAAGAACAUAACAUUACACAGAUUUUAUAUAGAGAUGUAAGCAAUAUUAAUAAUUGUAGGAAUGAUAACUGUGAAGAUAAUAAUGACAGUUAUAAUAGUAAUAAUAAUAAAUAAUAAUAUUUAUCCGUGUUAUUUGCCGUGUUUGCUCAGUAUUUAGCGAUGUUCCUGACAGUAGUUGUGUGGGGGAGGAGAUAAAGGAAAAGUCGCCUGUCACAUGAUUACAGUGCAUUUACUACAACUGAAUUUCGACUCCUGCUCCACGUGAUCGACUUAAACUCAACUGUGCGUGAUUUAUUUAUGUGUCAACGGGAGGAAAUGUAACUGUCCAACCAGUAAAACAAACAGCGGGACCUCAGCCUGGACUUCGACCCCGCUAAGGAAGAAGAAAAGAAAAAGAAAUGUCAGUGGGUGAAAGUCAGUAGUUGUUGUUGCUGCAGCUGCAGCGAGAAAAACGGAUCGAUGGAUUUCCAGAAACUUUGCACUUUUGAAACUUUCCAGCGGCUCUGGAGUGAGUACGGUUACGGGGGGAAGUUAGAGGACGUGAUCGAGCAGGAGUUCCGGCGGAUUAAAGGAAUAACGUAUCUGGAUCAUGCAGGGACGACUCUGCACCCUGAGUCUCUGGUCCGGGACUACUGCCUGGACAUUUCAAGGAAUGUUUACGGAAACCCUCACAGCCACAGCCCCAGCAGCAGACUGACACAUGACACCAUAGAGAGGGUCAGAUACAGGGUAUUGCAGCAUUUCAACACCACCCCUGAGGAGUACUCUGUGAUUUUCACUUCUGGUUGCACAGCCGCUCUUAAAUUAGUGGCUGAGAGUUUCCCCUGGAGCCCGCAGAGCCUCUUCAGCUACCUCACUGACGGCCAUACCUCUGUAGUUGGCAUACGAGGGGUCGCCUCUGCCCGGGGGGGAGUUGCCCUCCCUGUUGCCCCACAGGAGGUGGACAACAGGGCGAAGGAAGAGGCUCAGGGUGAAGAUGUUAUUUGCCAGACUCCACAUCUCUUCUGCUACCCGGCACAGAGCAACUUCUCAGGCAGGAAGUAUCCCCUCAGCCAUGCGAGAGGCAUCCAGGCGAGACGCCUCUACCCAGCGUGCGACCACCGAGGCCGCUGGUUUGUGCUGCUCGACGCCGCCUCUCAUGUCAGCUGUUCCCCUCUAAACCUACAGGACUGCCCCGCUGAUUUCAUUCCCAUCUCCUUCUACAAGAUGUUUGGCUUCCCCACAGGGCUCGGGGCCCUUCUCGUCCGAAACGACGCAGCAGGCAUACUAAAAAAGACUUAUUUUGGAGGAGGCACAGCAGCAGCUUACCUUUCUGGGGAAGAUUAUUAUGUGCAUUCGGCAAACAUUUCUGACAGGUUUGAAGACGGGACUGUGCCUUUCUUGGACAUCAUUGCUCUAAAUCACAGUUUUGAAGCUCUGCACAAGAUCACAGGGGGCAUGCACAACAUCCAACAGCACACGUUCGGCUUGGCACGCUACACUUACAUGCUGCUGUCAAGUCUUUGCCAUGGCAACAGGCGACCGGUGGCUCAGAUAUACACUGAAGGCCAGUUUGAGAGUCCAAGCACACAGGGCGCAAUCCUAAACUUCAACCUCAUCGAUUCUCACGGACAGAUCAUCGGGUAUUCUCAGGUGGACAGAAUGGCCGGUCUGUACAAUAUUCACCUGCGCACUGGCUGCUUCUGCAACACCGGCGCCUGUCAGUCCUUCCUCGGCAUCACCAAUCAGCAGAUGAAGAGAAACCUGCAGUCCGGCCACGUCUGUGGAGACAGCAUCGACCUGGUGGACGGCCAGCCGACCGGAUCGGUCCGCGUGUCCUUCGGCUACAUGUCGACGUUUGAGGACUGUCAAAAGUUCCUGAACUUUGUUGCCGAGUGCUUCGUGGAGAAACCGGUCUCGGUGGAUCAAGCGAGGCUGGAGAAGCUAAAAACAACCACAGCAGCAGCAGCAACGUCCCGGGGCUCAAAGGAAGAUCCCCCCAUCAGAAUUACCAAUGGAGAAGUAAAUAAAGUAGAUGAGAGGAAGCCCACAGAAGCAUCACUGACGGGAUUUGGACACAGAAACAGCCACAGGGAGGCUUAUACUCUCACCAACAUCUACAUAUAUCCCAUCAAAUCAUGUGGAGCAUUUGAGGUCCACGACUGGCCAGUGGGACCACAGGGUUUACUAUAUGACAGAGGCUGGAUGGUGGUGAAUGGAAACGGCGUUUGUCUGAGUCAGAAGAGAGAGACACGUUUAUGCCUCAUUCGCCCACAAGUCCACCUCCCCUCGAACAAAUUGCUCCUGCAGGCAUCAGGGAUGGAUACCAUUUCUGUUCCCUUGGAAAACAGCACUCGAAAGCACACGAGCCAUCGGGUGUGUCAGAGUAAAGUUUGUGGUGACAGGGUGGAGACUGUCGACUGUGGGGAUGAGGCUGCAUCAUGGCUUUCAGACUUCCUUGGACAGCCAUGCCGCCUGAUAAGACAAAGUCCUUAUUUCACCCGAGACAUGAAGAAGAGGCCGAGUGGAGCUGCCACCUCCGCGUCCCUCUCCCUGGUGAAUGAAGCUCAGUAUCUCAUGAUCAACCGAGCCAGUGUGGAGCUCAUUCAGAAACAAAUGAGCAGCAGGCAGGACUAUUCUGAGGGCGAUCAGCUCCUUGACACACAGAAUCUCAUUCGCCGCUUCCGAGCCAAUUUAGUCAUCACUGGAGUAGAGCCAUUCGAGGAAGAUAAUUGGUCACACUUGAUUAUUGGCAACACUCGGUUCGUGGUCGGAGGUCAGUGUGGACGCUGCCAGAUGGUUGGAGUAGACCAGCAAACUGGGACCAGAACAAAAGAGCCGCUAAUGUCCCUGUCUGCUCACCGCGGCGGGAGGGUGACUUUUGGUGUGUACCUGACCCAUCAGCUACCACAGGAGUCCCCUACAGCUGCCUUCCUCUCUGCUGGCUCGCCUGUACAUCCAGAGCCACACAGUCCUUGAAGUGGUCGCCUGUGUCAGCGUCCUGUUUUAUUUAUUUCGGUCACAUCUUCUGUCCUGAGAGGUCGUUUCUGCACGUAAAGAUCACCUGUCAUGCACUGUGUGCAGUUUCUAUAGAUGCUGCUCUUUUAUUCUUCCGGUGCCUUUUGUCUCCUUUCAUACCAGUUUGUUUUGACAGGAAAAUAAUGAGAUUUGUUCACUUUUUUCCCACAGUUAGCUUCUUAAAAUGCAUCCAGUAAAGUAGAUGUGAAGUGUUAAUUGCAUGGAACAAUUAUAAUUUGGAUUUCUUGCUGUUAUUUUAGCUAAAACAUGUAAGGCUUGAUGCUAUGAUUAUGUUAACCUCCCUGUGGAUGUUUAUAUUGCUGUUUAUUCCAACCACAACACCUCUGUCACUGCUGCCAGAAACCUGAAACAUAUUGUUCCCAGUAAUGAAAAAAAAAAAAAGAACUCUACCAGACACUCAGUUGCUCCCAGUGCUGAAUUGGACAUAAUAUGUUAUGAAAGAGCAAUAAUUUGAGGUAGAACUUUUAUAUUUCCCCAAGAAGCUCUAAGGUUCUUGGCCGGCAGAAAUGAUAUGCUUGGAGUGACAUGCUUGCACAUAAAGUACGAAUGUGUUUAACUGAUCUGUCAGUGUCUGACAGUAAAAUUGGUCCUAGAGGUGUGAGGUGGCUGCUGUGCAUCCUGAGAUUUUGUGCCGCUAGUAGCAAAGAAAAGCUGAACCAAACAUAAAACUGGAAGAUAAAUGAAAGGAAACGCCUGUGUUAAGUGUCGUUGGCCAUCACAGGUACGAUUCACAUAAUUUCCACACUCAUCAGUCCCUUCAGUGACUCAUUUAUUCUGGUUUUUCCUUUAAUAUGUUACUAAUCUCUACCUCUUGUACUUGCACUCAGACGAUGAUUGUUGCUGCAGAGUUUUAGAAUUGUUUCCAAUCAGCGAGGCUUUGUUUUGUUAUGUGUUUUAUUUAUUCAUUUUUUUUUAAAUUAUAGAUGAAUUGAAUAGAUUUCAUGCACCUUGCAAAAUACAUGGUUUUCUUUUAAUUAAAUAAAACUUUAUUUUAAUCCUAGCAGACUUAAAACAAGUCCACAAUUAAGGCACACACUGCAUAUUUCCAUAUUUAAUUUUCAUGCUGUUAUUUGUGCAAUAAAGCCCGUUUUAAUUGCA